UUGGAUGCCACUUAUGCAAACGCAUUUUCACCAAAAUUACACAAAAUCAAUCUAUUGCUAUAUAUACCGCAAAAUACAAAACACAAACAUAAUUAAGAAACUAACAAAGCUUAUAGAAGAAGCCAUGCAACGUUUCUACCGCAAAAUUGUUCAACCAACAUGUCAAGUUUUCAUAAACCACCGUGGGAUAGACACAAAGAAGAACGUUGCAGGGUUAUUAUACAAAGAUUUAACAAACAUGGGAGUGAGAUCGUUUUUGGACAGUAUGAACAUGAAACCAGGAGACAAACUAUUUCAUCAUAUCGAUAAAGCAAUUAUUGGUUGUAAGGUUGGUGUUACCGUGUUCUCUCCUCGUUAUUGUGACUCUUAUUAUUGUCUCCACGAACUCGCUCUUCUGAUGGAGACAAAAAAAAGAGUCGUUCCUAUCUUCUUCGACGUAAAACCGUCGCAGCUUAUGGUCAAGGACGACGGAACUUGCUCUCCGAAACAGCUUCGAAGGUUUAGUUUAGCACUAGAAGAAGCAAAGAAUACGGUGGGACUAACCUUUGAUCCUGUCAAUGGGGAUUGGUCUGAACUACUAAAGGAUGCUACUGAUGCAGUAAUCAUGAAUUUGGUGGAGAUACAGAAUAAUAAUAAAUGGUGAAUGAUAAUUCAAUAUGUUCACCAAUGGAUAAAAAAAACAAAUUCGUUUAUUUAUUUUUUUGCAUAUGAUAACCAUAUGUUUCCGUUGA